AUAAGUUAUAGGAUGCGAUGUCAAGUGAGUGUCGUUGGAAAGAAGAUAUAAACUCCGCGUCUCCGCUCCACGCGACGCCGCCACAGACGUGUUGUUUGCACAAACAAAAUCACGAUCACGUGUAAGUACUUCCCUCCCUCCGAAGCAUCACCUUGGAUUAUCCUGCGUACUUCCUAAGCGGUCCUCAUCGCCGAAUACGCCCUUUUCCUCUGUAUAUGUCCCGGAAAGCCUGUUUCUAGGAUCAUGGCGCCGAUUCUUCCGGUCGUGACCUGCGAGCGUGGCCGCAACGUGGACCUCUUUGCGUGGCCGCGCAGAUUCUCCGAGAGGCAACAGUAUAUAUCGCACUGCAUCAUGCUCAACGGCUGCUGCCCUGUUGUACCGACCGAACGACUGAGCCUGUAGCCCGCCAUGUUUACCGCAACGAUGCUCCUCCGAGUCGCCGUCGCAGCCUUCGUCGCCUCGCUCGCGUUCGUCACGGCCAUGCCAUCCUUCGAGGGGUACACCUCGUGGGAUUCGAUCGGGAACCUCGUCCCCGGGAUGUCCUACCUCGAGGGGCUCGGGCCCGCAACCACCCAAGGCGCCGCCAACCACGUGCCUUUCUACCUGUCCAUCGCAGCCACACGAGGCAACCCGGGGAACGUGACCAUGUACCGCAACAGGUCCCCCCCGCUCUUCUACAUCCACCAGAGCCAGCUCUGGCACUACCACAACGAGUCCACGAUCCUGCCCGUCAACGUGCACAACUCCACCGGUACGGGCCAGCUGCCCCUGCAGAUGAUCGCGGGCACGAAGCCGGACGGGGUCCCCGGGGGCCGCUGGCGCUGGCAGGGCACGAUGCUGUUCUACGAGAACGGCGCGCAGGACAAUCAGGGGCUGUUCUACGCUUGCGCCGAUGUGAACGGGCUAAACGGGAUGUUCCUGUUCCUCCAAUGGUGAGUGUGCCACUGCCGGCAUCCCGAAUCAAUGUCUGGAGGAGCGGGUGCCUGUCGGACGGAUAUGUCAGCCAAGACCGCAUCCGCAAUCACAAUCGCUGAAAACCACUUACUGAUAUCCUUUGCUCUUCAUUGACAGUUCACCACCGCCCCCAGGGUGCACGCCCUUCACGGUACAUAGUUUCAGCAGUAACAGGAUGACCUGAAUGUUCUCGUGGCAAUAAUGUUAGACACGUACCUGUACACCACGUUGUAUCAAUACCACAUAAUC